AUGGGCCAGCUGCCUUCAACACGGGUCACUCCAGCACGGGCUUUCUUAUUCACCGGCGUUGAUUACGCCGGGCCAGUCUCUCUCAGGAGCUGGCGGGGACGCGGGCACAAGACUUACAAAGGCUGGCUGUGCAUUUUCGUCUGCUUCACCACUUCGGCGAUGCAUCUCGAGGUCGUAACUGACGCCACCACUGACACAUUCAUCGCUGCAUUCCGCCGUUUCACCGGGAGACGGGGUCACGUGCAUACACUGUACAGUGACUGCGGAAAGAAUUUUCAAGGCGCGGAUGCAGAGCUACGGAGACUUUUCAACGGCGGGACUCGGGAAUCGCAACAGCUGGCGCAGUUACUGACCAACGACGGGACAAAGUGGGUUUUCAACCCCCCGGGUGCACCUCAUAUGGGCGGGAAAUGGGAAGCAGCGGUGAAAUCGGUCAAGUUUCACCUUCGGCGGACGCUUCGGGAGACCAGCCUCACGUUCGAAGAACUUACAACUCUUCUUACGCAAAUCGAGGCUGCGCUCAACUCACGACCGCUGCAACCACUCUCGGAAGAUCCGGACGAUCUCUCCGUGCUCACCCCCGGGCACUUCCUCAUCGGGGACGCACUCACGGCUAUACCUGAGCCAUCACUUCGGGAUGUGAACCUCACUCGGCUGGCACGGUGGCAACUCAUCCAGGAACGGGUCCAAUACUGUUGGGAGCAUUGGUCAUCGGGUUAUCUCCAGCAGCAGCAAUCCAUCUCCAAAUGGCAUCACCCCUCUCACCAAAUCCGGGUUGGUACAAUGGUGCUGCUGACUGACGAGAGUCUACCUCCACUCAAAUGGCCACUGGCACGGGUGGUCGAGGUUCAUCCGGGACCGGACGGGCUCAUUCGGGUCGUCACCAUUAAGACGGCGACCACGACACUCAAGAGGCCGAUCGCCAAACUAGCGGUCCUGCCAAUUCAUCCGGGAGAUUAA